UUUCCGACGCGUGAGGCACGAUUACCGAGUGUUCCACUUUAGACUUUAGUAUCCAAUAAAUAAAGCGACAUGCUCAAGUUUCACGUUCUCGUGGUGAGUUUGCUGCUGGGUCGGGCGUCUACCGACGAGCACAACCACAUAUACGAAGACAACGAAGAGGUGGUACUGUGGAUGAACACGGUCGGGCCGUACCACAACCGGCAGGAAACUUACGGGUACUUCUCGCUGCCGUUCUGCGUCGGCUCGAAGGAAACGAUAAGCCACUACCACGAGACGCUCAGCGACGCGCUCCAGGGGGUGGAGCUCGAGAUAAGCGGCAUCGAGAUCGAAUUCAAAAACAACAUGGCGAAGAGCGAGUACUGCGCGGUGCAGCUCGACGACGAGAAAUACAAGGAAUUCGUUUACGCUGUGAAGAACCACUACUGGUAUCAGAUGUACAUCGAUGACCUACCGAUAUGGGGCGUGGUCGGCGACGUCAAGGACGGCUCGUACUACAUCUGGACGCACAAAAAAUUCGAGAUCGGCUACAACGGCAAGCAGAUCAUCGAUGUGAACCUCACAUCCGAGGACAAAGUGCUGCUCAGACCGACGGAGAAGCUGAGCUUCACGUACGAGGUUAUCUGGCUUCGGACCGACACCAAGUUCGAAGAUCGUUUCGACAAGUACCUCGACCAUAACUUUUUCCAGCACCGGAUCCACUGGUUCAGCAUCUUCAACAGUUUCAUGAUGGUGAUAUUCCUCGUCGGCCUCGUGUCCAUGAUCCUGAUGAGGACGCUGCGGAAGGACUACGCGCGCUACAGCAAGGACGACGACAUCGACGACAUGGAGCGCGACCUCGGCGACGAGUACGGCUGGAAGCAGGUCCACGGUGACGUCUUCCGUCCCGCCUCCAACUCGCUCGCGUUCUCCGCCCUCGUGGGGGCGGGGCAUCAGCUCACCACCGUCGUGCUCAGCGUCAUAGUGUUCGCGAUGCUCGGCGAGCUCUACACCGAGCGGGGCAUGCUGCUGUCGACGGCCAUUUUCGUUUACGCGGUCACGUCGCCGGUCAAUGGCUACUUCGGCGGCUCCCUCUACGCCCGCAUGGGCGGUAAACUGUGGAUCCGCCAGAUGGUGGUGUCGGCGUUUAUGGUUCCGGCCCUCGUCUGCGGUACCGCCUUCUUCAUCAACUUCAUCGCGAUGUACUACCACGCGUCGCGCGCCAUACCCUUCGAGACCAUGAUCGCCGUCGUGUGCCUGUGCUUCUUCGUGAUCCUGCCGUUGACGCUGGUGGGCACGGUGCUCGGCAGGAACCUCGCAGGACAACCGGACUACCCGUGCAGGAUCAACGCGGUACCGCGGCCCAUACCCGAGAAGAAGUGGUUCAUGGAGCCGGGCGUGAUCAUCCUGCUGGGCGGCGUCCUGCCGUUCGCGAGCAUUUUCAUCGAGAUGUACUUCAUCUUCACGUCGUUCUGGGCGUACAAGAUCUACUACGUCUACGGUUUCAUGCUGCUCGUGUUCGUCAUCCUGAUCGUGGUGACCGUGUGCGUCACCAUAGUGUGCACAUAUUUCCUGCUGAACGCGGAGGACUACCGCUGGCAGUGGACGUCGUUCUUGGCCGCCGCGUCCACCUCGGCCUACGUCUACGUCUACGCGAUCUACUAUUUCUUCUUUAAAACCAAGAUGUACGGCCUGUUCCAGACCACGUUCUACUUCGGCUACAUGGCGCUGUUUAGCGGCACGCUGGGCAUCAUCUGCGGCACCGUCGGCUACGUCGGCACCAGCGUCUUCGUGCGAAAGAUCUACUCGACCGUCAAGAUCGACUGAACGCGCAAAACCCCCACUCCCCCCAGUUUUCGGGGGCGGUCUCGCGUCCCCGCCCACCUGUACAUACGCCGCAAAAGUUUCGCGGACGCGUCGCCGCCCCCUGCCACAGUAUAGUCCCGCCCCCGACGUGUUUAAGUGUUAGCGUGUAAAUUUAGUAAUAAUAAAACCACACAGAUGG